CCAAGAGGCAGUUACCCACAGCCCGUCAGUUCUGCUACAGCUCCCCUUUGUACGUGGAGCCUGAGCUUGUAGCAUAAAGAGUUGGUCCCAGCCUGGGUUUAUCGAACUUCAAAACAAGCAAGGAACUGAAAUUAUUGCCUCCACCAACACACAACUACCUGAGACAUGCUAGCAACAAGUCUUCUCUGAAGUACUACCAAGCCCUGCUUACUCAUCUUGCAGAAGCUUCUUCCUCCUUGCACUGUGCUACUUCCCCAUGCAGCCCCCCCAGCUGCUGGGUUAAUGUUUGACGGGGCGGCUGAUGGAGCUGGUGCAGCUCAGGAGCCUGCUUCUCGCUGCCCUGGUGCUCUGAGGAUCUGAUGGCACGCAGGCCUUGCUGCUGCUCUCACGAAUAGAAACCAGGUUGGGUGCUUCUGUCUGCCCUCUUCUGAAUUGCACCAGUUCCGAGUAUGAGCCAGAAAGAAGAAGAAAUGGAGGAGAGGUCCCCGCCGCUCUGUGCCACCUGUGGCCAGGCACAUUUACCAGAGGAAAACCACUUGUACAGCUACACGGAAGAAGUCGAUGACGAUCUGAUCUGCCACAUCUGCCUGCAACCUUUGCUUCAGCCGCUAGACACACUCUGCGGUCACACCUUUUGCACCGCCUGCCUUACGAACUUCCUCUUGGAAAAGGACUUCUGCCCCAUGGACCGCAAGCUCGUGGUUCUCCAGAGCUGCAGGAAGUCCAGCAUCCUUGUGAAUAACCUCCUGGACAAGCUAAUGGUUAGCUGCCCUUUCACAGAACACUGCUCAGAGGUUGUGCAGCGCGGUCACCUCGAACAGCAUUUCCAAACCCAGUGCAAAGGGGCAUCCCACUACGGCCUUACUAAGGAGCGGAAGAGGCGUUCCCAGGACUGCUCCCCGGACCACGGCUCCAGCCUCACGGUCGCCGCCGUGGGCCCCGAGCUCUCAGCAGCUGCGGCCAUCGCUUUAAUGACGGACGAGCCAGGGCUGGUGAACCCAGCUUUCAGCCCCACCUCGGAGGACGGCCAGUUGGGCAGCAGCCCCAGAGACCUGUACCGCAGCAACCGGAGCAGGACCCGUCACUUUGAACGCUCCACUAUAAGAAGCAGAUCUUUCAAAAAAAUAAACAAGGCAUUCAGUGUUCUUCGAAGGACUAAAAGUGGAAGCGUGGUUUCCAACCAGGCUGACCGAGAAAGGGAGGCUGUUGGGAACUCUGCUGCUGGAGAGGAAGAUUCAGAAUGCUCCAUACCAUUCCCGGUGACAAAAACACAACACUUGGUGGGAAAACCUGCAAGAAUCACCAAAAACAAGACAGAAAGUUUACUGCUUUCUAGAUUCAGCAGCUCUUCGAUAUUUAAGGACUGGAAAUAUAAAAUGGUAAAGAAAGGUUUUCCCAGAUUGUAUCACCUGAUUCCAGAUGGUGAAAUUACCUGCAUUAAGAUCAACCGAACCGAUCCCAAUGAGAACCUGGCCAUUAGGAUUGUGGGAGGCAGUGAGACUCCUUUGGUUCACAUCAUUAUACAGCAUAUUUAUCGUGAUGGAGUAAUUGCCAGAGAUGGAAGAUUGCUGCCCGGAGACAUGAUACUAAAGGUGAAUGGCAUGGACAUCAAAAACGUGCCUCACAACUACGCCCUGUCGAUCCUGAAGCAGCCCUGCCACGUGCUGCGGCUCACCGUGCUCAGGGAGCAGAGGUACCGGUGCCGAAACAGCGGGCUCGCUCUCGAGGCCCACUGCAACAGGGACGACAGCUUCCACGUCGUCCUGAACAAGAGCAGCCCAGAUGAGCAGCUGGGCAUAAAGCUGGUCCGCAAGGCCGACGAGCCCGGGGUGUUUAUCUUCAACCUGCUGGAGGGAGGCGUGGCGGCCCGUGACGGGCAGCUGCAGGAGAACGACCGUGUGCUGGCCAUCAAUGGGCACGACCAUCGGUACGGCAGCCCGGAGAGCGCGGCCCACCUGAUACAGGCCAGCGAGAAGCAGGUUCACUUCGUGGUGUCGCGGCAGACCCGGCAGCAGCCCCCGGACAUCCUGCAGGAGACGGGCUGGAGUUACGGCAGCAGCCCCCAGCCCUGUCCUGCUGAGAGGAACAACCCCUGCAAGAGCACCCUUCAUGCCGUCACCUGCCAUGAGAAGGUGGUGGCUGUCCGGAAGGAUCACACAGAGUCGCUGGGAAUGACAGUAGCAGGCGGAGCAACCAACCGGGAAUGGGAUUUGCCUAUCUAUGUGAUAAGCGUUGAACCGGGAGGAGUUAUCAGCAGAGACAGCAGGAUAAAAACAGGUGACAUCCUCCUGAACGUGAACGGGAUCGACCUGACGGGGGUCAGCCGGACGGAUGCCGUUGCCCUGCUGAAAAACACCAGCUCCUCAGUGGUGCUCAAAGCCCUGGAGAUGAGGGCGUGUGAUGGCCAGGAGGAGAGCAGCCGCCGUCUGCCCCCCGAGGCCACCGAGAGCAGCGAGUGGUCGCCUUCCUGGAUGAUGUGGCUGGGGCUGCCCCGGUAUUUGUACAGCUGCAAAGAAAUCAUAUUACGAAGAAACACAUCCGGAAGUCUUGGCUUCAGCAUCGUAGGAGGCUAUGAAGAACACACUGGGAACAAACCAUUCUUUAUCAAAUCCAUUGUUGGGGGAACACCAGCAUACAAUGAUGGAAGAAUUAGAUGCGGUGAUAUCCUCCUUGCUGUCAAUGGCAGGAACACAUCAGGAAUGAUGCAUGCCUGCUUGGCGAGGAUGCUCAAAGAACUGAAAGGAAAAAUUACUCUCACAAUUGUUUCCUGGCCUGGCACUUUUUUAUAAAAUGAGUCUUCACAGAGAAUACAAGAAAUUUAAGAAAGAAAAAAAAAAAAAAACGAAAAGAAAAAACCAGAUGUCAGCCAUGUUUGCUUAUUGGGGGGGUCAAAUGCGUGUUUAUAACGAAAAGGUUUGGGAAAUUUCAACCUGCAUGUCAAGAAAAGUCGAGUUAAGGCAAAGCAAGGAGACAUCAGAGAAUCACUUCAGAGUGAUUUAAGCUACAGACUUCGUUCCUUCCCCAUGUUCUCAAUUUUUUUGUGUUUUGCUUUAUUUUUUUUUUAUAUAUAUAUUUAAUGCAUUGUAAUAAUCAUGGAAUUUAGGGAGCAGCAACUCCUGCUCACUCACUUUAUUUUGAUUUAUAAAAAGAAAUCCUCGAAUAAUUUAUGGAAAAAUUCCUUGCAGUUUUUCCAAUUGCAAAAAUCAGGUGAAGAUUUUUAUCCAACACACGAAUAGCACUUUGAUUCUGUGUACUUUCUCAUGGUCAACAUGAAGCUGGUAUUUUCAAGACUUUCAAGUACUGUUUGUUAGUCUGUAAAACUGUGAACUACAUUUCUAAAAUUAUUAAAAAUAACUGUAACUGUGUAUUUGUACAGACAUUAUUUUCAUCCAAAACCAAACAAACUGGUCUCCCUGUUAGCUUCUGACUAAUACUAUUUAAUCAAGGAUUUUUAUAUAGAAUAUAGAAUGAAUAAAUUCAUAUAGAAUUAUCAUUUUCAAAUAACUACACUGCACCCUACUAAUAUCAUCAAGCACCCUGAUGAGGCAGUGUAAUUUCUGCAGGACUGCCAUGCCGAUCUCACAACACUGCGCUAGAAAGAGGAAAUCUGAAAGUGAUGACGGACUUGUUACUUUUUUCUUAAAAUAGUUCUUCGCCUUUCUCUGCAAAUUACCCUUGUUUCAGUCUUAUUUUUUCUCAAAAGCUAGCAAUGUGAGGAGGCUAUGUUCGUUCACCUUUAUCGUGUUAGUAACAGCUGUCCCCCAGAACAAAGACUAAAAUGAACUUUCUCUUAAGCCCCUGCAAAGCAGCAGGGAUGAUUAUCCAGCUUAAGUCUUUCUUACGCACCCACACAAACCAGACAUAAUUACCAAGUGUAUGAUCACCACACUCAGUGUUCCACUGGACUAAGAACAGUCAGCACCUUUCCCCCCUCCCCUAAUUUUUUCAUUACACUUUAGUAUGAAGUUCUUGAAGAGUCUGCAAUUUCUGCCUGUCCCUGCAGUAAAGGAUGACCUUUUCAAAUAUGAUCUCCAAAAGCUAUGUUAAACUCACACUGUUCCAGAUGUUGGUGUAUAAUAAAGUGAAUGCACACUGCUUCUAAAGCCAGCAAAAGAAUGACCUUCCCACUGGCUUAUGG